AAAUAUGCUGUUUAUGUGGCAGACUUGGAGACUGUGGCAUUGCCACUCCUAGAAUCUGCAUUACCCUGGACUUCGCUUUCGUCUUCGGCCUCUCAGCAGCAGCUGAUCGUAAUUGAUGAGAUUGGCAAAAUGGAACUGUUAAGCAAACGCUUCGAGAGUGCCGUUAAUAAACUACGUAAUCAGAACCAGCCCAUGCUAGCCACCAUACCUUCUCACACCCGUCAGCCUAUUCCGAUUGUCGAAGGUAUUAGAAAUGCGCCCGACUCGAUCGUCUUUCAUGUUACCAAAAGCAACCGCGAUAGCAUGGUCAACGAAAUUACAGAGUAUAUGGUUAAGACGCUUUUCAACGGAAAGUAAACUUUUGGCCUUUCACAUGCACAUGCGGCACAGGAGGCGGAAACGAAGUUAAUCAUUAGCUUUCUGAUUUGAAAUCUGACAGUCAGAACUAAAAAUUUUUUUAAAUCUUGUCGGAAACAUUUAUUAAAAUGUUGUCAAAAUUUGCAUAUGUUUGUUUAUUUUUGGCUUUAACCCUAUUGCACAUCUGUGCCCAUUUGAAGCCCACCAUCGAGGCCCAUGCGAGCAUCAAGACAAUCAAUUUACGGCUCACGCGUAAACUGAAUCUAUUUGUGGGCUAUGAGUACCAUCACUCAAUGCUUUGGCAAGCAGUCAUGAAUUCCUUGCUGUUUGUGUUUGGGGUCUGGCUUUGUCAACGUGAGGUCGAUAGGAAGAGGGGUCGCACUAUUGAGCAGGAGCUUAAGCUCAAUGGUCACUCUAAGAUCUCUGCCGCAACCGAGGUGAAGUUGAAUUGGUUGCGCACCCGAGGGAAGCGCGCCUCCAGUUGGCAGCUUUUCCCGAAACGUAUGUUCGCCUGGUUCAGUAUGCCUUGGCUGUCGACCUUCCUGUUAAAUGAGUUUUGCAACUAUGCCCAACUUAAUCUGAUCAUGAAGCACUUUUGCACCUCGACGCCGGAAGUGCUUCUACUCCAUGUCCGUGUCCAGCUGCUCUACCUGCAACAAUUACUGUCUAGCAUUAUUGGACCCUAUUUGCUGCAAUUCACUGGAGCCUUCGUGUCUCUUACUGCGUCCCACGCGAACUACAUUAACUACGAGACUAAUCUAUUUGUCAAAGAGGAUUAAAUGGGGCCCGCAAAUUCAAAUCUUUUGCAAAUCGAAAUUCUAUGUACAUUUCGGCUCAUUCUGUUCACAUAAAUUUACGUAAUAAAUACGCAUCUUGAACGCAAACAAA